CGCCUGUGUUUAGGAGAUACGGGCGGCAACUAGGCUUCGGGUGGUCGUACAGCCGCCAGCCGUUUCCGCGGAGCCGUCCUUCCCAGCUGGCGGCGGCUCUUGCCCGGUCCAGGUCGGCGAGGAAAAUGGCGCCGGCGCCCCGAGGCGUCCGGGAGGAGCCGCUGCUGCAGUGUCGGUGCGGACCCCUUUCCCGGCUCCUCUUCCUCGCGCAGGCCUUCCUCCUCCUGCUGCCGGCCGCCCGGGCAGGCCUGUGCCCCGCGCCCUGCGCCUGCCGCAUCCCUCUGCUGGACUGCAGUCGCAGGAAACUACCGGCGCCGAGCUGGAGGGCGCUGUCGAGCCCGCUGCCCCCCGACGCCUUCAGCCUGGAUUUGAGUCAUAAUCGGUUGUCUAACUGGAACAUCAGCUUGGAAUCCCAGACAAUACAAGAGGUGAAAAUGAAUUAUAAUGAGCUAACCGAAAUCCCGUAUUUUGGAGAACCAACCUCUAAUAUUACUCUACUGUCAUUAGUCCAUAAUAUAAUUGCAGAAAUAAAUGCAGAGGCGUUCCAGUUUUACCCUGCUCUCGAGAGUUUAGAUCUCAGCUCAAAUAUAAUAUCAGAAAUUAAGACAGCUUCAUUUCCUCGAAUGCAGCUUAAAUACCUGAAUUUGAGUAAUAAUAGGAUAACUGUUUUGGAGGCUGGUUGCUUUGAUAAUUUAUCGAGUUCUUUAUUAGUGGUGAAGUUAAACCGUAACAGAAUUAGCAUGAUUCCACCCAAGAUCUUCAAGCUACCUCACCUCCAAUUCUUGGAACUUAAAAGAAACAGGAUUAAAGUUGUGGAAGGGCUAACAUUCCAAGGCCUUGACUCCUUAAAAUCUUUGAAAAUGCAGCGGAAUGGAAUUAGCAAACUUAAGGAUGGAGCUUUUUUUGGCUUGGAUAACAUGGAAGAAUUAGAACUGGAACAUAAUAACCUUACAGAAGUGAACAAGGGGUGGUUGUAUGGCUUGCGAAUGUUACAACAGCUCUAUGUGAGCCAGAAUGCUGUUGAAAGGAUCAGCCCCGAUGCUUGGGAGUUCUGCCAAAGACUAUCUGAACUUGAUUUGUCCUAUAACCAGUUGACCCGCUUGGAUGAGUCUGCCUUUGUAGGUCUGAGCUUAUUGGAGAGAUUGAAUUUAGGGGACAACAGAGUCACUCACAUUGCUGAUGGUGUAUUUAGGUUUCUUUCCAAUCUUCAGACACUAAACUUAAGAAACAAUGAAAUUUCAUGGGCCAUAGAAGAUGCUAGUGAAGCCUUUACUGGACUUACAAGUCUCACUAACUUAAUCUUACAAGGAAAUCAGAUUAAGUCAGUUACAAAGAAAGCAUUCAUUGGUCUUGAAUCCCUUGAGCAUCUAGAUUUGAACAACAAUGCUAUAAUGUCUAUUCAAGAAAAUGCUUUUUCUCAGACUCGCUUGAAAGAACUAAUUUUGAACACAAAUAGUUUGCUCUGUGACUGCCAUUUGAAGUGGUUGCUUCAGUGGCUGGUUGAUAAUAACUUUCAACAUUCAGUGAAUGCAAGUUGUGCACACCCUGAAUGGCUAGCAGGGCAAAGCAUCUUGAAUGUGGAUCUGAAAGAUUUUGUCUGUGAUGAUUUUCUCAAGCCACAGAUAAGAAUACAUCCUGAAACCGCAGUUGCUCUCAGAGGCGUGAACGUGACUCUGACGUGCACUGCAGUGAGUAGCAGUGAUUCACCCAUGUCUGCUGUGUGGCGCAAAGACAGUGAAAUCUUGUGUGAUGCCGAUAUUGAGAAUUUUGUUCGUUAUCAGCAGCAAGCUGGAGAAGCUCUGGAAUAUACUAGUGUCUUACAUCUUUUCAAUGUGAAUUUCACAGAUGAAGGAAAAUAUCAGUGCAUUGUUACUAAUCACUUUGGUUCUAAUUAUUCUGAUAAAGCCAAACUGACUGUGAAUGAGAUGCCAUCUUUUCUGAAAACCCCAAUGGAUUUAACUAUUCGCACUGGUGCCAUGGCCAGAUUAGAAUGUGCUGCAGAGGGGCACCCUGUACCUCAGAUUUCCUGGCAGAAAGAUGGUGGUACUGACUUCCCUGCAGCUCGAGAAAGACGAAUGCAUGUCAUGCCUGAGGAUGAUGUCUUCUUCAUUGCAAAUGUGAAGAUAGAAGACAUGGGAAUCUACAGCUGCAUGGCACAAAAUAUAGCAGGAGGCCUCUCAGCAAAUGCCUCGCUCACAGUCUUAGAGACACCCUCAUUUAUUAGACCGCUGGAGGAUAAGACAGUGACCCGAGGUGAAACUGCGGUAUUGCAGUGCAUAGCUGGAGGGAGUCCUGCCCCGCGCCUCAACUGGACCAAAGAUGAUGGACCACUGCUGGUGACAGAACGACACUUCUUUGCUGCAGCCAACCAGCUUCUCAUCAUUGUAGACGCUGGGCUAGAAGAUGCUGGGAAAUAUACCUGCAUUAUGUCUAACACUCUUGGGACAGAACGUGGUCACAUUUACCUAAAUGUCAUCUCAUCCCCUAAUUGUGACUCUUCCCAGAGUAGCAUUGGGCAUGAAGAUGAUGGCUGGACCACAGUUGGCAUUGUCAUCAUUGUUGUGGUCUGCUGUGUUGUGGGCACUUCUUUGAUCUGGGUCAUUGUUAUUUACCACAUGAGAAGGAAAAAUGAAGACUAUAGUAUCACAAACACAGAGGAGCUUAAUCUGCCUGCAGACAUUCCCAGCUACUUGUCUUCCCAAGGAACUCUGUCCGAGCCCCAGGAAGGCUACAGCAGCUCAGAGGCAGGCAGUCACCAGCAGCUCAUGCCUCCUGCCAAUGGAUACUUACACAAAGGCCCUGAUGGUGGCACUGGUGCUCGGGUUAUCUGCUCAGAUUGUUACGAUAAUGCCAACAUCUACUCCAGGACGCGAGAAUACUGUCCGUACACCUACAUUGCUGAGGAGGAUGUUCUAGAUCAGACACUGUCAAGCCUCAUGGUUCAGAUGCCCAAAGAGACGUACCUGGCACAUCCUUCCCAAGAUGCCACGACCCUGGAGAGCCUGGUAUUAUCAGCAGAUAGAGAGAUGUCUGCCUUUCCCACCAACCAUGAGAGGAUAAAUGAGAAGAAACUUUCUUCUACACAGAUGAGUGGUGAAACACUGCAGCGGCCUCUGUGGAACAUAAGCAAAGAACCAGGCCUGCCUCAUCCUCCCUUUUCCCAGCAGCCCAUCCUUGAGUCACCACAGCUCCAUCGAAAUGAGGGCCUGGCAGAGAGUGAUGCAGACUGCUCCACUUCCCCCAUGCCUUGUCACAGGUUACACGACCGUGCUUUUGAUUUUAGUAGGACUCGGAAUAUUCAAGAUGGUAGUGAGGGCACAUGAAACAUUCCAGGAUGAAAUCUGGGCAAAGACUCAAAUUAAUUAAUUUUGUUAUUUACUACCUCAGAGUUCAGAAGAAACCCCAAAGUCAGCAUUUGCUUUACUCUCUGUCUCCAGUUACAUCUGACCACACCAAGGUGGGCCAGGCGUUUGUUUGGGCUUGUACCUGACAAAGAAGGGGUAAUGGCUGACACAAAUGGGCACCUGUAAUAAACAGUGUGCAGCAGGGGUAGAGGAAGAUACAGGACAGACGUGCUUCUUGAUGGUUCCAUGGGCUGUGCCCGGGGCGCAUUGCUUCUUAGGAAGAGUCUCAGAUGGUCUCAACCAGAAGAAUGAUUCUGAGGAAGAAUUACUGUUCUAGUUUGCCUUCCAGAGAACAAAAAUAACUUUGGAGCCCUCUGGGAAUUGUUCCCGGAAUACUGUCAUCUUUAGCAUAUAGUUGAGAAUGGGCUUUGAUAUUCAAAGUCUUUGGCAAGAAUCUCAGGCUUGACCAACUGUCACCAGGUCAAGUUUUGUAUUCUUGUGAAUCUUUUUGGGGAGGGUGUCCCUAUCACCCAGGGAUCUCAUUGUAAAUAUGUGCAUUUAUAAAUUUUAUAUUCGUUGACCAUAAAUGUUGGCUGCAGUGUAAAUAUUUUUGAUAUGCCAAAAUUAUAUAUGAUAUCCAGUUAUAAUAUUGACAGCAGCUUCUCAGACCAGACAGAUUUUGUGUAUCUUGGAUUAGUGAGUCUAAAGACUGUUUCAAGUUUUAAAAAUGUAUUUGUUAAGUAUAUGUAUAAAGGCAGGGUACCUAGUGAUUGGGUACACAAACACAAUCUUGGUGUAAUUAACCACUUACUUCAUAUCUAAAAAUCCAUACAUCUACUCAUUUGCCACCUGUUUACAAGUGUCAGGCAAUAGUACCUUGCUAGCAUAAAAAGGCUCUUUUCAAAGACACUAGCUGUCUUGUCAUCACCAUAUGCGCAUAAAGGAAAACUUGUUUGGGGAAUAUCUUCUUUCAACAAAGUUCAUAGUUGAUGAGGAAACCAAAGAUUGCUUCUUUUCUGUGUGUGUAUUGUGUGGUUUUUUUAUGUCUCUUCUAUCAAUGCACAGUGAAUCUUAAGGGAAGAGGGCUUUUGGAAGUAGAAGAAUGGACAGAAAUGCUUUGUACAGGUGAUUAUUUAAGCCAAAAAGUUUUUCUGAAUUUCUGAUAGCAAAAAGCUUUAUGUAAACAAAGGACUUAACACUGUAACGCAGUGUAAUAGAUUGAAGUUCUUUGUGCUUUCAGUUUUCCUUAUAUGGGUGGCCAGUUUCUGUUCUCUCAAUCUAGUAAGUAUUAGCUAUGUACUAGAUAACCUCAGUCACUUCAGUGAAAAUAUCUAAGUCAUUGUGCAUUUCAGGGGUUUAAACUCACUAAUUUCUCAGCUUUUUGCUGGAAUUUCAUAUUUGUUUUCAAUCCUAAAUUUUUCUCCCAUAGGCCACAGCACCUCUUGAGCUGUUUUGUACCACCAUACCUUUCUCUUUUUCCUUUUUAAACUGUCAGCCCCUUUUCAUUUUCACUUUGAACUUCUUAAAUAUCUUUUUUUCCCCGUCCUUCCCCUCUUCUUACUCAGUUGUAGUAUAAUUUGUAUCGUCUUAGAAUUAAGAGACCGGAUUUCAUUUCUUGUUCUGAUCCUUUCUAGUUGUAUAAUCAAGGGCCAGUCCCUUUACAACUCAGCCUAGUUUUCUCAUUUAGGAAAUGAGGACGUUUUACUAGAUGCUGUAAAGCCGUUUCCAUCUGUAAUAUUCUAUGAAUCUGUGAUCCCUCCAGGAUCCAAGGAGGAUUAUGCUACUCUGAUAAAAAGCUGCUUUCAUGAAAUGUUUGUUAGAAUAGAACAAGAGUGAUGCUGUUUACUCUGACUUGAGCCAGAUUUAUUUCCUCUGUAGCAGAAGUAAUGGUAUAAGAAAUACUCAUGAGAAGAAAUACUCUGCUUCUAAACAGGAUCAGUAAAUAAGGGUUCUUGACUCCAUUGACAAGCACUCUGUUCUCUGGAACAGCAAGUCUGAGCACUGGUGUCAGAGCACUCCACAGAAUCAGAAUCAGCUGAAGGGUGCACCAUGACUAACCUGUAACUAGUUUGUGACUCCCUGUCCUUUCUGACGUGCUCCAGGUUAUCCCAGUGUUAAUAGUACUCUCACUCACAUUCUGAUAGACUUUCUUAAGUGACAAGGUGGAGUUAGAGCUAGGCUGCAAUUGAGCAUCAACUAUUACUUGUGAGAGGACAAAAUCAGGCUAGACCAGUGCUCUAGAAAAUGCCGACUGCAUGGGUGCCACCUCUGCUCUAGCAGAGGCUGUUCUGUGCCAGUGGUGUCCGAGUCUGGGCUUCUGAUGGCCAGGUUCUCCGUUAUGUCACCUUAGAUGGUUGCAGUGUCCUUCCAGAUACUCCUAGCUUCUCUACAUAACUAAAACACUUGCCUAAAAAACUAGUCAGGAAUUUGUUCAAAUGUGAAUCGCCUACCCCUUGGUCUUAAAAAGUAAUAAUAAACAAUAAACUUUAAUCUUAGGGGAAAUUUCUGAAACUUUUCAUUAUUGCUUAUGUUUUUGACCAAACCAUCAUUAACCAUCUUCUAUAACCAGAAUUAGUGGCUUUAUCAGUGUUGCCUUCCAGAAGCGUAAUGUCUGCCUGUUGCCAAUCUAACCAGGGAUGUUGCAGAGCCAGG